GAAUGUGCCCUGGAUCAAGCCUGUCUUUCAGAGCCACUUUGGAUUGCCCAUCGAGCUGGAACAACCGCAUGAGUCAACAGUGGUGGAGACGGCGAAAUGGACCUCUGAUGCCUGAAAAGCAACCGCACGUCCAAGGAUAAUCUGACAAUCGCAACGCCGAAACGGACCUGACAGAGCAUCUUUCUAGUGGAGUGGGAACGUAAGUCUGUCUCUUCCUCGUGAGACGAGGUCAGUUGCAUACCCCGCUCGCUUGAGAGAGAUCUAGUCAGUGCCUCUUGCUGUCAGACGCCUUCUUGAUCAACGAGGCCAUGGAAGACGACGAUGAUAGCUGGCUGGACAGGGCAGAGGUGAUGAGCGAAGUGCACAUUGGUUGCAGCCCUAGCUUUGGGUACGGAGUGUCUAGUUUUGAAAUCUCAAGGUUUUCUUCUCCAGAGAGGACGGAGGAUGAAUUUGCUGUUCUCGAGAAACAGGAAGAUGAUGAAGGUGCUGAUGAAUGUUCAGUGGGAACUGAUGACCAUGGGGAUCUCAUUCUACCAAGGAGAAAGAAAAUGCGCAAGACAGCUCAGGUCACCAAAGAUGUCAUUUCUGUUUAUCAUAACAUCACAACUCAACUUUCUGACGUAGGUUUGCAGGUAUGGAAAGGAGCAUUGUUGUUAUCAGACUUCAUCCUGGAUUCCAUCACAACAAAUGAGUCGUUCAAGGAUACAGUCGUCUUGGAGCUUGGAGCUGGGACAGGGUUGACCGGAAUCAUCAUGGCCAGAUAUGCCCGUCUUGUCUUCAUAACCGACAGAGGAACUGAGAAUCUGGACAAUUGUACUCGUAAUUUGAUGCUGAACUCGAGUUCUUUGAGGCAAGGAGAGAACAGUGUGAGAGUUCGAGAAUUAGAUUGGCAUAAUCCUUGGCCACCUGUAAACAGUGGAAGUAGUGAGGCUAAUUCCACGUACCAUUGGAGUCCGGACGACUUGAGGAUAGCCGAGGAGGUUUCUGUGUUACUUGCAGCAGACGUAGUGUACAGUCCUGAUUUGACAGAUGCAUUUUUCAGCGUGUUGAAGGCGCUCAUGCCGGUGAAUUCUAAGAAGGUUCUGUAUCUAGCUAUGGAGAAACGCUACAAUUUUAGCUUGAGGGACCAGGAUGUUGUGGCUCACGGAUACAAACACUUUCGCUCCUACUUCACCGCCGACAGCUCGGAGGCUGGAAGUUGUGAAAAAUUAGAUGUUGAUGUAGACAAUGCUGAAACUGCUCGACACUUUCGUGGAAGAAAGAUUGAUGUUACUGGAGUACGACAAUAUAUGAAAAAUUAUGAUCGUGGGAAGGACCUGGAACUGUGGGAAAUAAGAAGAAACAUUCUCUGAAUCUGUCUGCAUUCCUCGGGUUCACAAACG